GCCCGAGUUCUGCGAAGAAAAAAAAAAUGGUUUGAAAAUCGAGAAAAUAGAAAAUCGACGUGGUGAAAUGAAUUGUCGAUGCUAGGACCGUUGGGGUGUUCUUUGGCGAGUUUUCCCUUGCGCGUAGAAACUGUCCGGGAGGGCUGCUAAUUGCGAUCGAAGUGGUGCAAAAGGGAAAUGUGAUAGGUGUACGGGAUUGUGGGGACUCUAGUGCUUAAGGAAGGAUGAGCGGUCGACCGAGAACAACGUCCUUCGCCGAGGGCAACAAGCAACCUUUAAAUCCCCCUCUGGGAGGCAUGAAAAUCAGCAGUAAGGACGGCAGCAAGGUGACGACGGUGGUUGCGACGCCCGGUCAAGGUCCGGACCGGCCUCAGGAGGUCAGCUAUACCGACACAAAAGUUAUAGGCAAUGGUAGCUUCGGGGUCGUGUACCAGGCGAAGCUGUGCGAGAGCAACGAGCUGGUCGCCAUCAAAAAAGUGCUGCAGGACAAAAGAUUUAAGAAUCGUGAGCUACAGAUUAUGAGAAAACUAGAACAUUGUAAUAUAGUUAAACUUAAAUACUUUUUCUACUCCAGUGGAGAUAAGAAAGAUGAGGUGUACCUGAACUUGGUUUUGGAAUACAUACCCGAAACUGUGUACAAGGUGGCGCGGCAUUAUAGCAAAUCCAAACAAACUAUACCUAUUAGCUUUAUUAAGUUAUACAUGUACCAACUGUUUCGAUCUCUGGCAUAUAUCCAUUCUUUGGGCAUCUGUCAUCGGGACAUUAAGCCCCAAAAUUUGCUGCUCGAUCCCGAAACUGGGGUGCUGAAGCUGUGCGAUUUCGGCAGCGCCAAACACCUGGUCAAAGGCGAGCCCAAUGUCUCCUAUAUUUGUAGUCGAUAUUACAGAGCUCCAGAGUUAAUUUUCGGCGCAAUCGACUACACCACAAAAAUCGACGUGUGGUCGGCCGGUUGCGUUUUAGCCGAACUCCUUUUGGGUCAGCCGAUUUUCCCCGGAGACUCGGGCGUCGACCAAUUAGUCGAGAUUAUCAAGGUCCUGGGCACGCCUACCAAGGACCAAAUCAAAGAGAUGAACCCGAACUAUACCGAGUUCAAGUUUCCUCAGAUCAAGUCGCAUCCUUGGCAGCAGGUGUUCCGUGCGCGAACUCCUCCAGAAGCCAUAGAACUAGUGGCACGCCUCCUAGAAUAUACUCCUUCAGCCAGAAUUAGUCCGCUUCAAGCUUGCGCCCACGCGUUUUUCAACGAACUGAGGGAACCGGCAAGCCGUUUGCCCAAUGGCAACGAGCUACCGCCUUUGUUUAAUUUCACAGAGCAAGAAUUGAGCAUACAACCUUCGCUGAAUAGUAUCCUGAUGCCGCGAGGUUUGCAAGCGAGUCAAAGUCAAGGAGAAGGGGCCGAUAGUAGUGCUUCAGGGGGCGCUUCUUCGUCAGAUCACGCUCCCGAUACGGGUAACACGCCGCUGGCAAACCCCUCAGGGUCGGCAGUUGCCUAGGGUACUGUCAAAUGAGGACGGUUUCAGUGGGCAUAGUUUGUGUACAGGACAGUGAUAGGAGGAGGGCGGUUUUAAUAAUAUUUAAUUAAUGAUUGGAUAAAGGGGUGCGACCAAUCGAUUUUGCCUGGAAGAUAUAUUAUUAAUUAGUUAGUGCAACAAGUGACUUGGAAAUUUGAGGACGACACUCUGAAAGGCAAAACUUGGUACCAGACGUACUGAUGGUCACAAGUCAGGUCGUCUUGUAUACAACAAAUUCUUGUGUAAAUAUUCUCACUAUUUUUUUUUCUCUACUAGGUCCUUAUUGAUUAAUUAAUUAAUUUGUAUUGUAUAUUAGGUGUGUUGUAUGCGACAUGAUACAUUUACUACACUAAAAACAAAAGGAAAAUAAUAAAACUGGUGAAUUGUAAACUCUCGUGGUUAGGAAGUUUUUAAUUAUUCAAUUAACAAACAAAACAAAAAAACUAUUGUUUUUAUUUAUGUGUCUCUUUUAUUAUUUUGUGUCUGUAGUCGAUAAUAAAAUAUAGGGCAAAGGCUCUAGUAAAAAAAUAAAUAAUAUGUUUUAGUCAUCCGAGGUGGGCAUUUUUACUUCUAAAAAUGACAAUCAGAAUGUUUUUGUUAUUGUUAAUUUACGAUAAUUGGAAAUUCUUAAACGUAUUUGGAAAUGUGAAAAGUAUCCACUUCGGCCAAAAAAAAAAAUUAAUAAUAAUAGAAAUUAUUGUUAGCGAUCCUCAAAUUAGCAAAAAAUAAAAGUAUAGAGAAUGAAUUUAUAUACAUACCUACUACAUAGAUACCUAUCAAUAAUUUUAGACAUUGCCUGUGAGAUUUUUAAGUCAAAUACGAGUAGUUUGAAUUGAGAAUCUGAGCACUACUUACUUAUCACUUUUCACUGUUGUAUGUUAUUGAAAAAAACAAAAAAACGUUUUCAAAUAAUCUAAAUUUUGGUGUUGAUUUAAGGUUAUUUUAAAUUUUUUUUUACAUAGAUUUUAUGUUUAGUGACUGUUUGAAUCUAGAUGUGCAUUUUCUAUUGAUAAUUAUUAUGCUAAGAGCACUGUUGACACUAGAAGGUCAAUUAUAAUAAAUUAUUACUGGGUGUUUUAGAAGUGACUGGUGAUUCAUUUCAUGUUUCAAGUUUUCAUAUUUGUACAAUUCCUUAAUCUACAGUUUUUGUAGAAAUAUGGGCGAUUUUGAAUAUGUAGUAGAAAAAUUACCCGAGCCAAAUAUUCUCGUAGAUUUAAACCUCAGAAAGAAAUGAAUUGAAAUAUGUUGUUGAAGGACUUCCCAAAAAAAUUUUAUUAAGAAACGAGACAUUGAAAAUAAAAAGAUAAGGGUGAAACACAAGAAACAUAAUUUUUGAAGUCAAGAAGAAAAGAUCACGCUCAACAAAUAGAUGAACUACCAGAACAAAUCCAAGAUAAAUUCUGAAACACCCAGCUACAAAUUUUAAAGACUUCUUCACCUUUUUGUUCGAAAUUAUUAGAACGCAUUUAGAAGAAAAUGUAUAUCUAGAUAAUGGUGCGGUCAAAUCUAAUAUAUUUAAGCAGUGUCUGUAGAAAAAUAAUGUGUGCAAACGAGAGCAAAAUUGGUGCGGGUGUUCAUUUAAGGCAGCUCAGACUCGGCUAAAACUUUUUGUGAUAACUUAAAAUUGCCUAAUUUAUCACAGAAACAGGAAAAAAAAAACACACUGCCAAGUUUGUCCAAUUUUUAAGUGAGUAAUUCCAAGGGACUCGUAAAUACUGUAUUAUUAAUAUGGUGAAUUCGAUCAACAAAUCCUUUUAUUAAUGUGUUUAAAAAGAGGCAGUUUGUUUUUGCGUUUACUAUAACCCCUUUAACUUUUAUAGCUUCUUGCUUUAGAGAAUUAAUAAAAAAAAUCGAGUGACAAAUCUCUAUAUUUAGCUAUAGUAAAGUGCAAUGCAUUAAAAAAAAAAGUGUUUACGAAUUAUUAAAGAAAAACUUUUUGGUACACAGACACACCACAACUUAAGGGGCAGUCAAAGAAUAGGGCUCUCUUUUACUUGAAAAGAAAGCGCUGUUCUUUCCAAUUUAGAAAAAAUAUAAUUCUGUGCACUAAUUGAAAUUAUUUUUAACGCAAAAUAAAAUAUUUACAUAAAACUUUGUGUAAAAUGUGUUAUUAAAUUCUUGAUUAUGAAAUUUAAAAAUUAUAUUAUUUUAAUUAUUAUAUAGAUAAUAUUUUCUCUGCUGCAAACUAUAUAGUAAAUAACGAUUUUAAAACACAUAAUGGCUUUUGAUCGACAACAAAAAAAUAUUAUAUUUUUCAAAGGCCCUGUAUAUUAUUUUUAAUUUUAUUGAAAAAGCUUGUUUUUAUUGAUUGAUUGUAUAUAUUAUUUUAAAAUUGAAUAAAGUAAUGGAAUUUAUUUAAACGAUUAUUG